AUGAAAGAAGACUGGCAUACGGUUGCAAGAUGCAAGGACUAUCAAUUGUCGAGGCACAUCCCACACGCCUCACACUCCACGAAGGCGCAGGAGAGCACACGGAGAGGAUGUUCGGUGCCGGGGAGAGAUCUGAGAAUCUGUCUAUCAGAUCUGGGCGGUAGCACGUACAGACGUACCACCGGGAAAGCGGCGGCUACCCCAGUCCCGAAUGUCAUGAGCGGGUCUGCAGCUGCGAGCGCUGCCCCGCGCUGCCCAGUUCCCGCGCUGUCCCCCGCCGUGCCCGACAGCGAUGAAGUUGAAGCGGCGCUCGCAGCGCGCCUUUUCGGGCGCCUGCCCGCCGUGCCGCCGCGCCGCCUCGACACGGACACGGUGCAGCGGAAGCUCCAUCUCACCCCUUCCGGAAUCAGUCGCCAUUUGUUCGCUUUCAUCCGGGAAUCUUCGUUGUUUCGGAAGCUGCGCAGACGAGCAUUGGAUCGCCGCGGGGCCCCUGUGUCCCUCAUCUGCCUGGCAUCUGCCCAAGUCUCUCUAUACCCUUCAGUCUCCCAGUCUCGGCUCCCAGCCCUGACCACCGCACGUAAGCCCGCCCGCCACCCAGUCUCCCUCCCUUUCUGUCUUCCACUCCCAGUUCACGUCCCGCCCCUCCCCGCCUUUAUCUCCCCCGUCCCCGCUCCUGUCCCACGUGCCUCACCGCUGACAUGCCGCUCUCCCGCCCCCACAGCUCUCCCAGACUCCAGUCCUCCGCCCGCGCGCGUAACGUGA